UUUAGCAAGAAGACUCUCUUCUAAGUUUGGGUGUUAAUUCUAGGGUUUCCAUUAACAAUGGCUGAUUCUUCUUCUGCUUCUUACAUUCACAUGGUGCAGCACAUGAUAGAGAAAUGUUUGAUCUUCCAUAUGAGCAAAGAAGAGUGUGUGGAAGCUCUCUCUAAGCAUGCAAACAUCACUCCUGUCAUCACCUCUACUGUAUGGAAGGAGCUGGAGAAAGAGAACAAGGAAUUCUUCAAGGCAUAUGAGGAGAGGCAAAGCAAACAAGAGCAAAUGUCGGAGGAAGAGACAAACCAGAUGAUCCAGAAGAUUAUCUCGGAUUCAUCUAAAGAAUCCGACGACUGAUCGCGAUGUUCGUUAGAUCUUU